AACCACAUUUUCUGGAGAUCUUUCAGUCCGUGAACAGCACAUGAUCAGUGCUACAUUAUUUCAGAGCACAGACUGCUUGAAGUGAAGCUGUUUGAUGCUCACUGAGGAGAAAUGGCACAAGGAGGAAUCCAGCUGGACCAAGAAGCACUUUACUGUCCGAUCUGUCUGGAUCUACUGAAGGACCCAGUGACUAUUCCCUGUGGACACAGUUACUGCAUGAACUGCAUCAAGAACGGCUGGGAUGGAGAGGAUCAGAAGAACAUCAGCAGCUGUCCUCAGUGUCGGCAGACUUUCACAGUGAGGCCUGUCCUGGUGAAAACCACCAUGUUAGCACACUUAGUGGAGGAGUUGAAGAAAGUUGGACUCCAAGCUGCUCCUGCUGAUCACUGCUACGCUGGACCUGAAGCUGUUUCCUGUGAUUUGUGCACUGGGAGAAAACUAAAAGCCUUCAAGUCCUGUCUGGUGUGUUUGGUCUCUUAUUGUGAGAAACACCUCCAGCCUCACUAUGAUAUCAGUCCGUUAAAGAAACACAAGUUGGUGGAGCCCUUAAAGAACCUCCAGCAUAACAUCUGCAUUUAUCACAACGAGGUGAUGAAGAUUUAUCUCUGCUCUUUGGAUGAACAUAAAGGUCACGACACGGUGUCAGCUGCUGCAGAAAGGACCAAGAGGCAGAGAGAGGUCGAGGUGAGACGACAGCAAAUCCAGCAGAGAAUCCAGAUCAGAGGUGAGGAGGUGAAGGUGCUCCAGCGAGAGGUGGAGGCCAUCAGUCAUUCUGCUGAAAAAGCACUGGGUGACAGUGAGAAGAUGUUCACAGAUCUGAUCCAACUCCUUGACAAAAGAAGAUCUGAUGUGAAGCAGCAGAUCAGGUCUCAGCAGAAAAUCGAAACGAGUCAAGUCCAAGAUCUUCAGGAGAAGCUGGAGGAGGAGAUCAGUGAUAUGAGGAGGAAAGAUACUGAGCUUCAUCAGCUUUCACAGUCAGAGGAUCACAACCAGUUUCUCCAAAAAUACCCCUCACUGACACGCCUCCCUGAAGCUAUAGACUCACCCAGAAUCCAAACACGUCCUCUGAGGUACUUUGAGGAUGUGACGACGGCCGUGUCAAAGGUCAAAGUCAAGCUACAGGACAUUCUGAGUGAGGAACAGAUGCAGAUCUCACGUGCACAGACUGAAGUGGAUGUUUUACUGCCAGAAGCAGAACCAAAACUCAGAACUGAUUUCUUCAAAUAUUCAUGUAAAAUCGCACUGGAUCCAAAUACAGCAAACAAACAUCUGAUAUUAUCUGAAGAAAACAGAAAAAUAAAACCUGUGAUUCAGGAACAGUCUUAUUCUGAUCAUCCAGAUAGAUUUACUUAUUGGUCUCAGGUCCUGAGCAGAGAGAGUCUGAGUGGACGUUGUUACUGGGAGGUGGAGUGGAACGGGAAGGGAGUUUAUGUUGCAGUUACAUACAAGAAUAUUAAGAGAACAGGAUCUGAGAGAGAAUGUGGAUUUGGUAACAAUCAGAUAUCCUGGGUGUUAAAUUAUUAUGACGGUAGUUAUUAUUUCAGACAUAACAGUAUCCAGACUCCAGUCUCAGGUCCUCCGUCGUGCAGACUCGGAGUGUAUCUGGAUCACAGAGCAGGUCUUCUGUCCUUCUACAGCGUCUCUAAAACCAUGACUCUCCUCCACAGAGUCCAGACCACAUUCACUCAGCCGCUCCAUGUUGGACUUUGGGUUUAUAAUCAUGGAGACACUGCUGAGAUCUGUGAGCCCAAAUAGAGGAAAUACAUUUCAAAUCAAACAAAGACUGAUGACACCAAACAAUACAACACUGAAACUAAACACUGACAAUAUUCGCACCAAACCAAAUACAACACAAUUUAUAUUUUUAUUUCCAUCAGCUUUUUCUCAAAAAAAUGCACAAUGAAAUAUGAUGUCAUCAGCUUCAGAUUUAUUUAAAACUUUUAAUCGUCAUCACGUUGUGGCAGCUGUCAGAUGAUCCUGCAGCUGAGGAGGCAGAAAGUCUCCAACAACAGCAUUAAACUUUCCUGAUUCUUUGCUGUUUUACACUAAUUCAUACUUUAUGUAAAUGUUACUGAUAGCAACCGCUUUGCUCAAUCAACUAGUUGACAGACUUUCUUUGUCACGUCAUUAUGUUGUUCAUAAAAUAUAAUUUUUCUGUCAUUUAAUGAGAAAUCGCUUCAGUCUAAUGCACUGUUAUAAAAAUGUUUUACUUGAGUGUAAUAAUUAUCCAUAAUAUUGCUCUGGUGUGUCGUGGACCUUGUGUCAUGACUGAUUUGAUUGUUUGGUUUUCCUGUUUUUAUCCCCCAUUGGACGAAAACCCUGUCUGUCUGUCUGUCUGUCUGUCUGUCCCCAAAAGGGUAUAAUCAUUCUGAAAUCAAGUCUUCUCACAAUUUUAAGAGGAAUUUAGUGAAAUUUGGCACAAGUCCUUGUUAUAGGUUGGUAAUAUGGAUAUUAUCAUAUAGUUUGACUUAACGAGCAUCACAGAAAAUUCCUUUUCAUUUGUUUUUGUCAGUGCAGAGUCUGAGUCAACAGGUUAAUUUUGAACAAGAAACAUGUAAAAUUUCUUUACUAAAAUUAGAUAAUUUUACAGUUUUUUUUUCUUGAAGUGCAAAUAGCUGAUGUGUGUUGACAAAAAAAAACGUUAUCAGAAUGUGCAAAGAACUUGUACUAAAGCAACAUUUGCCAGUGGGGGAUAUUGUGCUCUCAGCUCACUCUUGUUUUGUUUGUGUCGUUGUUUCCUGAGAGUCCGUUGCUUUUUCUAAUGUGCUCUUCGCUGAGGUCACCUGACUCUUAAAGAAUGUCGUCGGGCCGAGAGAGAUUUUUUUUUUUUCCAGUUUGUUUUAGUUUGCAUUCAUACAUAUACAGUAUAGUUGUGUUGUUUUCCUUUCUUUUUCUUUUUUGUGAAAGUGAGCAUUGUGUGGCUCUGACACACUGUUUGAUCUCCUCACAUAUUUGCUACAAUGAAGAAUAUUUUUGUCCUGGAUCAAUGAUCAACCUCCUACUAAAGCUAAUUAAUGUUGGAUAUAAUUAUGGAACACUUGCUUUACUCUUCAAAUGGACACUUUAUGAGGAUCUCGACCCCAUAUCUCCAGUUUUUGAACUCUUCAGAGACUUCAGUAUGUUCGAGUUUUACUCUGGACUAACUUUUGGUCUCCACAUUUUCCACCUUAUUUAUUUGAACUGUUUAGUAUUUUAAUGGAUAUGAGCCUUUAUAAUGUGCUGUGCUGGGAUUUUUUUCUGUUAGUUUGUUGAUGGCUGGUCAUAAAAAGUAAAGAAAAAAAACACAAAUUU